AUGGAUAUCCCCUCUUCGGUUAGCUUACUUGUUCGAAAAUUCAAACCAUUUUUUAUUUCAUGUCUUAUAAUCAUCACUAUUAUUUAUUUUUUCUAUGAUGGAUAUAUUAAAGAAUCAAGUAAUUUAAUUAAAACUCCAAAGCCUAUUAUUAAGUUUAUUAAAAACAAUAAUAAAGGAUCAGAGUCAAAUUCUUUUAAAGAUGUUUUUCAGAAUGUGGGAAACGAAAUUGGGUCACGAAGAAAACCACCCAUUGGCCCUGGUUCUCGUGCUAUAAUAUCUAAUUUAAUUAAAACUAAACAAUCAAAAACUUCUUCGAAAGGCAAAUUUUUCAUUAAUGUAGCUUUUGAUUUAACUACAACUGAAUUUGUUGUAGCCAGUCAGUUUUGCAAAAGAUCAGGCUGUGCUAAUCGACAAAAUAUUUUUGAUUCGAAAAGUUCAAAAUCUUUUAGAAGUUCUUUUGGGAAAAGUCAACCAAUAAAAUAUUUGGACGGAUCUAGUGUUUCUGGAACAUCUGGCGCUGACUCUCUUACAUUUAAUACAUUUAGUAAUAGUAAUCCUAAAUUUGGGAGCACAAAAAUUAUCUUAGCUAAACAGAUAAGUGGUUUGCUUCGGGCUCAAGCUGCAGUUGAAGGUGUUAUGGGACUUGGUGCUAAAUCUCCGAUAUGGAAUCAAUUACAAAGAUCCAGGUUAGAUCAAGUUGUUGGAAUCGCUAUUCCUUUAGGGAACUGUAAAGUUGGUUCAAUUGCAUUUGGAGGAUUAGAUUCUCGAUUUGUUAAUGGACCUCUGUAUAAUACAUCAUUAAAAUCAUCGAAUUCGUCGACUUAUUCAGUGUCAAUUAAUGUAUUAUAUGUUGGAGGAAUACCUCUUAAUUCAACUGUAAUUGAUUCAAUUUUGGACAUUGAAAAUGAAAGAAUUUCUCUUGGAAAGUUUUCUCGUGAAUUCUUUGGGCUAUUAAAGGCCAAAAAAAAAUCUAAUGGAUUUUUUGCGAAAAAUCCCGUUGAUAUAUCAUUUGAUGUCACAUUGAGUGAUGAUGAAAUAGUACAAUUUACAUUGCCGAAAUCUUCAAUCUGUGAAAGUGGUACAAGAAAAGGAAAAGGUUGUAUAACUAUUUUUGAUGACAAACCUGGACCUGAAG